AUGACCAAAGACGAGGAAAAGGUCGUAGGCGAGGAUGUCUCUCCUUCCACUGAAAAUGCACCUCUCGAAAAUACGGCCAAAAGCCGCUGGGAGCGCAGCUGGCCGACCAUUGCGUGCGGCGCGGGUCUCUUCUCCGACGGCUAUCUCAACGGGGUCAUUGGCUCCGUCAAUACCAUGCUCAGCAUGAUCUACGCCGAUGCCUACACCAAAUCCUCCGCCAGCAAGAACGUCUCGUCCAUCGCAUUCGCCGGUACCGUCGUUGGAAUGCUCUUUUUCGGGGUUCUGAGUGACCACUGGUCCAGGAAGGGCUCGCUUUUGGCUUCCACGCUCAUCCUCAUCCUAUUUGCCAUUCUCUCUACUGGAUCAUACGGUUACCACGGAAGUGUCUAUGGUCUCUUCUCCGCCCUCGCCGCCUACCGUUUCUUCUUGGGUAUUGGAAUCGGCGGCGAGUAUCCUGCAGGGUCGGUUGCUUGCGCAGAGAGCAGCGGCGAAUUGAAAAACGGCCACCGCAAUCGCUGGUUUAUCAUGUUCACCAAUCUCCAGAUUGAUUUUGGAUUCGUCGUCUCGGCCUUUACGCCUAUGAUUCUCGUUCUCAUUUUCACGGAAAACCACCUACGAGCCGCAUGGCGUGUGGCUCUGGGACUGGGCAUCAUUCCGCCGCUCAGUUUGCUGUACCUCCGACUCAAACUGAACGAGCCCGAGGAGUUCAAUCGCGAGCGCAUGCACAAAUUUCCUAUUUGGCUAAUCAUAAAAUUCUAUUGGAAGCGCUUGGCCAUUGUUUCUCUUAUCUGGUUCGUCUACGACUUUUCUGCGUACUCUUUCAACCUCUACUCCUCUGCCUGGAUUGCCCUCAUCCUCGGCGACUCCUAUCCCCUGUGGAAGAGCUUCGGAUGGAACACGGUUGUCAAUCUAUUCUAUAUCCCUGGAUCAGUUUCUGGUGCUUUCGCAAGCGACUGGCUAGGACCGCGCAAAACCCUAGCCAUUGGCGUCGGUCUUCAAGGUGUCAUCGGCUUCAUCAUGUCCGGCUGCUACGAGUACCUAAACACUCCGAAGAACGUCGCAGCGUUCGUCGUCGUUUACGGAAUUUUCCUUGCUCUCGGCGAAUUCGGUCCAGGCGAUAACAUCGGCCUGGUAGCCGCCAAAACCAGCGCAACCGCCAUCCGCGGACAAUACUACGGUAUUGCAGCCGCAGCGGGCAAAAUCGGUGCGUUCGUAGGGACUUAUGUCUUCCCAGUGAUCCAGGACAAUGCGCCCAAUGAGAUCCGGGCCGGUCAGGACCCGUUCUUUGUGUCGAGCGCGCUGUGUCUUUUCAGUGCGGCGCUGGCGAUCUUCUGUCUGCCGCAUAUUGGACAAGAUACUAUUACUGAGGAGGAUAGCAAGUUCCGUCGGUAUCUCGAGGAGCAUGGGUAUGACACUUCGUCCAUGGGGCAGAAGAGUGAGAACGGUAGUGGCAGUGGACAGUAA